AUGAGCAUCGAUACCCAACCUCAGGGUGUCUCACCGGGAUCAACUUCAACUUCAACCUCAACUCCCUCCAAACCAGGAGAUACAACCAAAGCAAAAGAUCCAGACACAGAGAAACAAGCUGUAUCAGCAAACUCAGCCUCAGCCACAGACCAAGCGCUAGAAAAGGAAAAAGAGCAAGGAAAAGAAGACUCCAAACCAUCAAGCUACAACCCAACAACCCUCCUAACAACCCUCCUCUCCCCAUUCACAUCAACCUUUACUUCAACAUCGCCCCCACCACCCCCGGAAGCAUACUACACUCCAACCGAAAUCCCCCUCUUCAAACGUCUCCAAAAAACCCGCCUCUCACGUACGCGCGAAAAACAACUCCUCCGCGCAGCAGAGCGUGAAUAUAAUGAUCCGCCUCCGCAGCCUGCGCCAGGUGAUUGUUGUGGGAGUUCUUGUGAUCCCUGUGUGAGGGAUUUGUGGGGGGAGGAGAUUGGGGUUUGGAGGGGGAGGUGGGGGAAUCGGGCGUUGGAAAAGAAGGAGGGUAAGGGUGAGAAGCGAAAAGAAGGAGGCGAUGCUAGCGUUCAAGGGAGUGGGACUGGGAAUGGCAAUACGGGGAGGAAGGAUUUGGAGUGGUGA